CGGCGCGUCACGUGACCACAAGAAGUCCGUCCUCACCAGAAACUCUUCAUCAUCUUCAUCCUCCCCCAGCGUGGCCUGCAUCUGACAGCCCAGACAGUCAGGCAGACCGACCAUGGCCGCCAUGGAGAACUACAAGCUCUUUCUAACCACUCUGUUUUCCGCCGGGGUGCUGGGAAUCAUCUCCAUCAUCUUCGUGCUAAGAUGGGUCCUGCACUUUAGAGAGGGUCUGGCUUGGGACGGAGGUUCGGCGGAAUUUAACUGGCACCCGGUUCUGAUCGUCUGCGGGUUUAUUGUCCUGCAGGGUCUGGCCAUCAUCGUGUACAGACUCCCAUGGAGCUGGCGGUGCAGCAAACUGACAAUGAAGUUCAUCCACGCAGGCUUGAACUUGGUGGCCUUUGUUUUCGCUGUUGUGGCCAUGGUGGCGGUUUUUGACUACCACAAUGCAGCCAAGAUCCCCAACAUGUACAGCCUGCACAGCUGGUUGGGUCUGGCAGCUGUCAUACUCUAUGCUUUGCAGCUUGUUUUAGGGGUGGCCAUGUACUUGAUACCUGUGACACCUGUAUCGUGGAAGGCGGCCUUCAUGCCCGUGCAUGUCUACAGUGGUCUACUGCUCUUUGCAUCCAUUAUAGCAGUGGCACUGAUGGGCAUCACUGAGAAACUCAUAUUUGCGCUGCGCAACCCGGCGUAUAAUCAAUCUCCUCCAGAGGCAAUAUUUGUGAACGUUCUGGGAUUCCUUCUAGUCGUUUUCGGAGUUCUGAUCCUGUGGAUUGCCACUCGAUCGUCUUGGAAACGGCCCAACGAGCAGAGCUUGCAUAGCUUGCAUUCCGACGGGGUCGGUGAGGAGAGCACAAAAGUGGGUCCGGCUCUGUCUCAGCUCUCGGAGGAAAACGAUGCCGAAGCCACGGGGGAGCUCCGCAAGAGGAGUAAUCAUUAGAUGAUUCUUUGUAAACAAGUGACUUGGAUUGUCAGAAGGCUGUAUUGGUCAAAGACAGUGCAGUUUUUAUAUAUACAAUUCAUAUACAGUGUAUUGUAUACGUAAGCAUGGUGUACUUGCUACGCUUCUCUUUGUAGAAUACAAGAAAUACUUCAUGCUGUUUAUUGUAUGUUGUUUUCCCACAUGGAAGACUAUAACUAUUCUCUAUGAAAUGUAUAUUUGGUUAAUGUUUUCUUUGUUUUUGUACGUUUUGCUUUUCAUCUGACCUUUUGGAAAAGAAUUUCAGUAAUCCCUUGCCAUGCAAUUUUGCAAAAAUAUAUCAUAUUUAUUCAUAGGGGUGUCACAAGAGACACUUAGUUCACGGGACUAGAGGACACACGAGAUUGUAACAUUACUUUUAAGAAAAUUGCAAUGAAAAAAAUGUAUGACAAUAUAUUAUAUAUCUACUAAUUGAAUUUCUACUACAUUACACUCUUCUGCACUUUGUGUGUAUACUCGCGGCCCCGCCUCCACCCUCCGAGACAAAGAGACUGCAUGACUGAUAAAAGAUCUUACUUUGUUCAUGCUGUUGUUCUACCAAUGCAAUGCAACCAAUGCACAGAGAGAACUCUCUUCCUGCCCGUUUGCGAGUUCGUUUUCAUUUAUUGGGAUUAAUUAAUAUUUUUUUUAUCAUCCCAGGCUUAGUUCCCUUAAAAAUGACAAUCUUGUCACAUUUUAAUCUUGUGAGAUCUUGCGGCACGAGAUGUUGUGACACCCCUGUGAAUAAAAGAUGCUGAAAAUGGGCAUUUUCAAGCAUAUAAAUGAAGUAAAAUACAAAUAAACGGCAUUCAGCAGACACAUUCAUAGACUUUCUAAUGUGUAGUAUUCCGGACUGCUCACUAGGUGUCAGUGUUGUUACAUUGAUGAGACGUAGUACAAAGGAGCCUUUAUGCCUUGCACGUCUAUUUUUCUCUUAUUAUGUCUAAUAUAUUGGGUCAUAGAAGUGUAUUUGUAAAGGUGUUAUUGCAUGGCUAGAGGGCUCUAAUGUCAAAUACCAUUUCAAAGGUUGUAUUUGUUUAUUUGUGUAUUUGUUGUGCUCUAACUUUACCUGACUACACCGUCUGUUUUUCUCCAAGUGUAUCCGUCGCACAUGCUUCAAGAUUUAUUUUAUACACUUCAGGUUUCCAAUGUUGUUUUUCUGGAUAAUGUUCAUAGUUUCAUAAUUAUUGAAGCUAUUUUACAUGAGUGCAUUGGUACUGUUCCGUA